AUGGCACUCAGCCGCGUCACGUCAAGGGGACUGGGCCACAUCCAGCUGGGGCAGAGCGACAGGUCCGACACGGCGACCUCGGGCAACGUCGGCAGCGAUGGCCGCGUCAAGGUCCGGUUCCACGCAAACCCGCAGAAGCUCGCCUCCUGGUUCCAGGACUUCCAGGGCUCCUUCAGGCCGCACUCGGGCGACUACGACGACGGCGUCAUCGACAGAGUCAACACCAACGCCGACGACCUGACCCAGGCCCGGCUGCGUCGGCGCCACAGCAGCGUCGUCCUCGAGAACCUCAAGCGCCACCCGCCGGCCGCGAGCCCGCGCCUCAACAUCGCCAUCCACAUCGUCGGCUCCCGCGGCGACGUCCAGCCCUUCAUCCCCAUCGCCCAGCUGCUCGGCCGCGCCCCUUACGGCCACCGCGUGCGCAUCUGCACCCACCCCGUCUUCAAGGACUUUGUCGAGUCCAACGGCGUCGAGUUCUUCAGCAUCGGCGGCGACCCGGAGGCCCUCAUGGCCUACAUGGUCAAGAACCCGGGCCUGCUGCCCAGCCGCGAGAGCGUCAAGGCCGGCGACAUCGGCCAGCGCCGCAAGGAGAUGGCCGAGAUCAUCAACGGCGCCUGGCGGAGCUGCAUCGAGGCCGGCGACGGCAUGGGCCAGCGCACCACCGCCGCCACCGUCAAGGACGCCGACGACCUCUUCGUCGCCGACGCCAUCAUCGCCAACCCGCCCUCCAUGGCCCACAUCCACUGCGCCGAGAAGCUCGGCAUCCCGCUGCACAUGGUCUUCACCAUGCCCUGGUGUCCCACCCAGGCCUUCCACCACCCGCUGGCCUCCAUGAGCUACGGCGAGGCCGACACGAGCGUCGCCAACUACCUCUCCUUUAUCAUGAUGGAGCUCCUGACAUGGCAAGGGCUCGGCGACUUGAUCAACAAGUUCCGCACGCAGACCCUCGGCCUCGACCCCAUCAGUCCCAUGUGGGGGUGCCAGCUCCUCCCGAGGCUCCGCGUGCCCUACACGUUCCUCUGGUCCGAGUCUCUCAUCCCGAAGCCCGCCGACUGGGACUCCCACAUCAACAUCACCGGCUUCUCCUUCCUCCCGCUCGCCGACAAGUACACGCCGCCCCCGGACCUGACGGCCUUCCUGGAGUCCGGCCCGCCGCCCGUCUACAUCGGCUUCGGCUCCAUCGUCGUCGAUGACCCGAGGGCCCUCACGCAGCUCAUCUUCGACGCCGUCCGGAUCGCCGGCGUCCGCGCCAUCGUCUCCAAGGGCUGGGGCGGCGUCGGCGGCGGCAGCGACGACGCCGUCCCGGACAGCGUCUACCUCAUCGGCAACUGCCCGCACGACUGGCUCUUCCGCCGCGUCUCGGCCGUCGUCCACCACGGCGGCGCCGGCACCUCCGCCGCCGGCAUCGCCGCGGGCCGUCCGACCGUCGUCGUGCCCUUCUUCGGCGACCAGCCCUUCUGGGGCCAGAUGAUCGCCCGCGCCGGCGCCGGCCCCGCCCCCGUGCCCUUCAAGGAGAUGACGGCCGAGACCCUGGCCGCGAGCAUCUCCUUCGCCCUGCAGCCCGAGGUCCAGGUCGCCGUGCAGCGCAUGGCCCAACGCAUCGCCGAGGAGGACGGCGCCGGCGACACGGCGCGCGACAUCCAGGAGAGGCUGGCCCUCGACACGAUGCGCUGCGACAUCUGCCCCGAACGCCUGGCCAACUGGACGCACCGGAAGACGGGCGCCCACCUGAGCAACUUCGCCGUCGGAUGCCUCGUCGACAGGGACCUCAUGAAGCCCCACGACUUCAAGCUGCUCAAGCACAAGAAGUGGUACGUCGACGAGGGCGCCGAGCACCCCAUCAUCGGCCUGGUCGCCGCCGUCGCCGGCUUCUUCACCUCCGUCGGCAUCGCCACCUCGGACUACUCGGAGCGCCUGCGCAGUCCCCGGAUCCCCCCAGGGCAGUCGAACGGAAUGGAGAUAGACCUUGAGGCCCAACCCGAACGGGCAAAGCCCGCCGAGGUGGAGAGCAACACGACCCGCGAGGCAUCUGCAGAACCCGACGGCGGCGGCGGAGGAGGAGGAGGAGGAGGAGGAGGAGAAGAAACGGACAUGGCUGAGGACGGACACCUGAAGCGGGUGGCCAAGGCCAACACGAUGACGCCCAAGCAGAUGAACGCCAUCGCCAGGAAGAUGGCCACCAAGUCCCUGCGGUGCGCCGACCCCACCGUCGAGAUCGCCAUGGACGACAUGUUGAACCGGGACAGGGGCUGGCGGAGCAGGAGGCCCUCGGCCGCGUCGUCGUCGGCCGGCCGGCACCAGCGCAGGAGUCGGCCGAUGGAGAUCGCGCGCGCGACCGCCCGGUACGGCUUCGAGGUCGCCAAGGCCGGCCUCAAGGCGCCCGUGGCCGUCUUCUACAACAUGGCCAACGGCUUCCACAACUACCCCUCGUACGCCUUCGCGAGCCACGACGUGCGGCGGCGGGACGAGAUCACGGGGCUGGGCAGCGGCAUCCGGACGGCCGGCAAGGAGUUCGCGUUGGGGAACUGGGAGGCCUUUAGCGGGAUCGUCGUGAAGCCCUACAGGGCUGUGAAGAAGGACGGCAUCAAGGGUUUGGGCAAGGGGAUCUGGCAGGGCGGCCGAGGGUUCACCUACAACAUCUUUGCCGCGCUCUUCGGUCUGCCAGGGUACACUCUCAAGGGAGUCGAAAAGGAGCUGUCGAAGCACAGUCUGACCGAGCUCAAGGCCGAGGUGCUGCUGAUCCGGCUGAGGCAGGGGAUAGUCGACUUCAGGAGGUCGACGGCGGCGGAGAGGGAGGAGGUUGUUGUACGAUGGCAGCAGUUUUUGUCGGGACGGUCGUGA